UUCAAUGCCAUCGUAUUUAAAUAUGUAUUGUAUACUCAUUGAUACCGCUGUUUAUUUGUAUACUUAUAAUACUUCAUUUUAAUUAUAGUCUUGGGUAGAUUUGUUAUACCUUCGUGAUAAGUAAAAGGGGAUAUAUUUCGUUUUUCACUAAAUACUUAUAUUUUUUAAUCAUGUCUACAUUAACGAGAUUAUUAGCCUUUUCGUUUUGCCUUGCACGCAUUAACUCGCUCGAUUUAGAUGAACUUUACAGAUUUGUGUCAAAUAAGCUAGAAGAGAUUGAAAAUUAUCAAGUACCUACAAAUAAUGAAGAACUAUUCAGAGUCAAUGAUUCGAAAAUAUACGAUGCUGGAUCAUAUGAUUUCAUAAUUGUUGGUGCUGGAGCUGCAGGAUCCGUUCUGGCAAACAGACUAUCUGAAAUUUCUUCAUGGAAAAUUUUGUUAUUAGAAGCUGGUGGAAAAACUAACAAUUUUAGUGACAUUCCUUUAUUUAGCGAUUAUUUAAGAAAGUCUGAGAUGAACUGGGGAUAUUAUACAUCUCCACAAACAAGAUCCUGUCAAGGCAUGCGAAAUAAUCAGUGUGUUUACCCUCGUGGGAAAGUUAUAGGGGGCACAACUACCAUCAAUGGAGCAGUUUAUGCUAGAGGCGCUCAUUCUGAUUACGAAAACUGGGAAGCAAUGGGUAUUCGAGGAUGGUCAUUUAAACAUGUCCUUCCUUAUUUCAAAAAAUCGGAAAAUUGUUCCCUUAAAUCAUAUGAUAAAUAUUACCAUGGAACGACUGGACCCCUAUCUGUUAAUCAAACGAGUCCUCCUUCGAUUAUAGCAAAUGCAUUUGUCAAUGCUAAUCGAGAAAAAGGUUUGACUUUGGUUGAUUAUAAUGGAAAGCAGCAGAUAGGCGUGUCUAAAAUACAAUUUAAUAUUAAACAUAACAAACAUCAUAAUGCUGAACACGCCUUUUUAGACUACGUUAAAUCCAGAACAAAUUUAAAAAUAAUGCUACAUGCAGCAGUUAAUAAAAUAUUACUUAAAAGUCAUAAAGCAACUGGAGUAACUUUCAUUAAAAAUGGAGCGAUCUAUACUGCUAAGGCCAGAAAAGAAGUUAUUUUAUCUGCUGGAGCAAUAAAUAGUCCACAACUCCUACUUUUAUCUGGUGUAGGUCCAAGAGAGGAAUUAAAAAAAUUAGAUAUUCCAAUAGUUGCUCAUUUACCUGCUGUUGGAAAAAAUCUACAAGAUCAUCCCCUUUUCUUUAAUCUAUAUUUUAGAACAAAUCUUACUGCGCUAAAUCGAUCAUUAGAAGAAAACUUGAAACUUUAUCUGAAAGAUGAAACUCCUUUUACUAAUGGCGCUGGAUUGGAGCACCUUGCCUUUAUUAACACCAAUACUACAACUACAGGAGUAGCUGACAUAGAAUAUCUAACUUUUGCUCCACCCUUUAGUGUUCCAUCCAAUCCUGUUGAUGCAUUAAACUUAAAGGAUAACUAUGCAAAUGCUUAUAAAACUUAUAAUACACUAACUGAUAUUGCAGUUAUUAUGUCAUUAAUGAAACCAAAAUCAAGAGGUCAGGUAACAUUACAAAGCAACAAUAUUGCUGACUUCCCUAUUAUCGAUUUAAACUUUUUUUCCGAUCCUAACGGAGAAGAUAUUGAAACUAUGUAUAAAGGUAUCCAAUAUAUUUUAAGCCUAACAAAAACAGAAGCUUUUAAAAGCAUCAAUGCUACUUUUAUAAGCGAACAACCAAGCUGCGAUCAAUUUAAGGGACAAGAAAGAGAAUAUUGGUACUGUGCUUUGAAAUAUAUGACUGCAACGGAAUACCAUCCUUCAUGCACUACAAGAAUGGGAAUUUCUAGAAGAAAUUCUGUCGUAAAUAAGGACUGCGUUGUUCAUACCUUUACAAAUCUAAGGGUGGUAGAUGCAGGUGUUAUGCCAGAGAUAACAAGAGGUCAUCUUAUGGCUGCUGUUUAUAUGAUCGCAGAGAAAAUAUCGGAUGAAAUUAAACGUAAAUAUGGCAAACAUCAUUAGUUUUUAAUUAAUAGUUUAUUGUAUUUGUAAAUAAAAACAAUUUUAA